CCGAAUUAGCUAGCCAAACAGGCUUUUUUAGAAAUAAAAUAAAAAUCCCCUCUUUUUUUUCCCUCUCUCUAGAUUCCUUCUUCUUCCACACUGAACUCAGAAGUUACAAAAAUGGCGAUUACUGCAGCAACCGGAUCCUCAAGACGGCAAACACCCGGAGGAUCGGUCAACCGGUCCUACUCCCAGUCCGGCGGCAGAUUCAGCCUCUCGCCGUAUCAGUCCUCUACAACAAACGGCUUCGCUUCAUCCAGCUCCAGCUUCGCGACCCGCUCCUCCACCUUCUUCGCCGGGAACGAAAUCAGAUCCGCUUCACCGCCGCGAGUCAGCAUGUCUGGCCAAUCCAUGUCGGCCUCCGCCGUCCGAUUCUCCCUCGACGGGUCGGUCUCUCCCAACCGGUCGAUUUCCACCGUCAGCCCCUCCCGGAGCCGGACGCAGGUGGUGAGGAAGCAGCCGGGUCCCAAGAAGACGUGUAUGUGCUCGCCGACGAACCACCCCGGGUCCUUCCGCUGCAGCCUCCACAAGAACCAGAACGCGCCGGCGCACGCGCCGAACAACCGCCUCAACGCGCGCAGAUCCGCGAUGACGAACUCGCUGGUGAGGAUCUGCGGCGUGGAAGGGGAUCUGGUGAAGCGAGCGCUUGCGGCUUUGAUCCGGCCGAGCUCCCACCAGCAGAGGCGCCGCGCGGGGUUCCAGUCCCGGCCGAGCCGGCUCAGAUCCAUGUCCAAGGUUGAAUCGUAACGGUUUUUUGGAAAACGAGAGAAUUACUCGAAACUCUCUUUACUUGGUCUUCCAAAAUUUUUUCCCCCUGCGACGGAGGGCUCAGAUCUGCGGUCAAAGCCGGUUUGACUGAAGACGUCGGGGAAGAAACUGCCUGGAAACAUUCCAUCUAGCCUGUAACUCCGGUGACCGGGAAAAAUAGUGUAUAUAGAAAGAAAGCCUAUAUGAUGAAAAAGUUAUAUAUUCUAAUUUGCCGCCAUCAAUGGCGAAAGUUUUGGUAACCAUAAUUAGGGAUCUCGGUCUUGGAACGAUGCUUGGCUAACUCCAAAUUCGAUGCUAAUUCCUCAUCGCCGUCGCCGUGAUUCCCGUGUAGUGUGUUUCCGGUUGUGAUUGCUCCGUUCGCCGUUCAGGCGUCCUCCGUCGCCCGUCCCUUUCAGUUGGUGAGUUCCGUUCUGUAUGUUGAUUGAUUCCUUUAUUUAUUGUAUUAAUUAAUUUUAUCGUUUUUACUUCGGUUUUACCGCCUUGCAGGUGCGGUUAUUGGUCUGAUUAAAGCUGGAAUCGGUGGUUAUGGAGCCAAAAUGGUGAUUAUUGGUUGAUCUGUUUAUCAGUGGUUCCUGGUUGGACCCGAACUCUGAUUGGAUUACAGCAAUGAACCGAACAUUGGAUUCACCAGACGACCGGAAACCUGGACGUUACCAUGGGCAAAAUUUUCAACUAGGUCAAGGACGGAAAUUGAAAUUGAGGAAAAUUGGGAAAAUUAUUUGAAGAUGACUGGGAAUAAAGUGAGAAAUUAGGUUGGAAAACAAAUUUAAUUAAUGGAGUUUCAUAAUUUAAUUAAUUGGUCAAUGGCUCAUUUUAAGGAGGAGGUUGUCCAUAGUUUUGAAGUGGACCUUUUUUUUUCUAGUAAAAGGAAACGUACAAAGCCAGGCUGGUGAGAGGAUUGAUCGGAGUAUAAUAAGCAAGGGAUAAGUUCCACCCAAUGGAAAGAUUUAUGAGUUUUGAUAACCUCAAGGAUGAUUUGAAUCAUGAAACGAUUAACAGUGGACUGAUCAUUACGUAGGACGUAUUUGUGGUAAGAUUACUAGAACAUCGUAACGUCGUAGUCGUAACGAAAUGCUGAUACAUGCGUUUGAUGGUUUUCAAUUUAUGUUCUUAAUUGUUGUUCACUGUUGUAUAAUCAGAAAUCGAGAUCGUAUUGAGAUAACUUUUGAUCAUUCAAAUGACUUAUUGAGAGUUACUGUCGCCGCAAUUUGAUCAUAUAAUUGGGUGAUCUACUGACUAAUUAGAUUUUAGUACGUGGGGUUGCUUGCCAAGUUGGGCAGCUGCCUGUCACUACCAGGAGCGGUAUUGGGAAUGUGAUGUGUCAUAUCAUCUCAACAUCCAUUACUGCUCUUUUUUCCUUUCUUCUUCUUCUUCUUCCUGUGAAAUAAAUGAGGGUGAAGAGGACUUUGGAAAAACCGUCGACAUGGAAUGGAAAAAGGGUUAAGAGCGGAAGAACAAGAAAGAGCUAGUGGUUUCCAUGGUGUAAGAAGCUCACUACGUGAUUAGUUAUGCGAUGGAAACGUGUUGAUGAAAGUAUCAACGAAAAUUUAUCUAUUUCCUCUCUCAUAGAAGUAGGAAGAGUCGGGACCAAAUGCAAUAAAAAAAAACAUCGUGAUAUAAUACACUCUUUGAACCUUCUCUUAUUAACAUAAAAAUAAAAACGACGAUAGUCUUCUUUCUCUGAUGUAAAUCUCUUUGAGUCUUUUAACAAGAUUCAAUACUAUCUUCGCAAUACUUAACUCUGCACUUCUUCAGGUUGUUUUGUUGGUCUGUAAAUUCAAAAAAUUUAUAGUUCACGU